AUGAAGAAACUAGGACAUUUCGAGAUUCUUAACAAGCAAGCUUCAGGUUUCGUCAAAGGAGAGAUUGUUUCCUUCAGCUUAACGAGCCCCUGCAACUUUCCGGUGUAUGAAGCAGAUUUUGGAUGGGGAAAACCGUUGUGGGUACCCUAUGCCAAAAUUAGUUACAAAAACCUGGUAGCUUUCACUUAUACUAAGGAAGGUGAUGGCAUAGAAGCUUGGAUUAACCUUGACCAGAAUGAUAUGUCUAAAUCUGAAACCGAUGAGGAGUUGCUUCGCUAUGUCUCUUCAAACCCAAGUGUGAAUGUGUCUGCAUGCAUCUUGAGAAAUUUGUACUCUAGAAGAUGUUUCCAGUGA